AUGAAAAGUUUUGAUGGAGGAGGAACUCAGCAGAUCCAAAAAAUAAAAAGUUUUAUGAAAUUCAAAACUUAGCUUAUUUGUGAUUAAUGGGAGUAUAAAGUCCACUAGAAGCAGGGACAGCAUCAGAAAAUGCUUGAGAUUAAGAAGAAAAAUAAACUAACUAUUAAUAACGGCACAAAUAAUUCAGUACCUCAACUUAAUUUUUUGAAAAAUAAUAUGAAGGAGGAGAGUAUUUUUGAAUUGGAACUUGUAAGUGAGAAAGGAUACUAUUACAGAAUAUCGUUCUCAAAUGUAAAGGAUGAAAGUGGCCUUCCGAAAGAUAUGCUGAUUCCUGAUACAUUCGAGGUCUACUGCGAGAUACGAGUGGUCUUGCCUUAAAACAGCAAAUGA